AUGGCUAUACUUACUCCUACUGUCCGUCCUCUCCAGCCUCCUCCAGGCUCCACCAUAGAUUUCGGCGCAGAAAUCGAAGGUGUGGAUCUUGAGACUCUAAACGACGAGCAAUUCUCCACUAUUAGCGAUGCGCUAUACCGCCACCACGUCGUGGUAUUCAAGAACCAACACAAGCUGUCUCCUAAAGCACAGUAUGAACUUACAAAGCGUUUCGACCCUGCAUCAGAAAGCUAUGGCCACGGCAAGACAAUCGAUGCAAAACGCAGCAUUCUGCAUCCUGACCUGAAGACCAUCCCUCACCAACAGCAAGUACAAGUGAUUGGAAACGGAUUCGUGCCUUCAUAUGAAGGACUAGAGAAUAUCCAACUGAGACAUCCUCAUCACCGGACUUUUCACAAGGACCACAUCCCUGACGACAAAGACUAUGACUUCACUCGUUUCUAUCGCUGGCAUAUUGAUGCUGCUCUAUAUGACCUUAACCCGCCAAAGGUUACGACCCUUUUGGCUGUUAGUGUGCCCAAGGGCCGUCGUCAGACGUUGCUGUAUGAUGACGGUACUGGAGAGACGAUGGAUGUCCCACUCGGCACUACGGCUUUUGUGAGCGGCGAACGAAUGUACCAGCGUCUAUCCCCUGAAGAACAGCAGUUUGUUCGAACGAGCAAAGUUGAAUAUGCGCCUCAUCCGUAUAUCUGGAUGAGUACGGCACACUCCCGAUCAACCGGCCUUGGCCUCCAUUCAGAAGGCCUUGAACUGGCAGAGUCAGACUUACCACCCAUCGACGAGAAGAAGAUUAUGAUCCUCCCAAUGCUUUGGAAAAACCCGUUGACUGGAAAUUUGGCAUUACAAGUUCACCCAUCUGCUAUCCGCAAGAUCCAUCUAGAAGACGGUACAGUGAUCGACGACCUGGAGAAAGUGCGAGAUAUCGUCUACAAAUUGCAAAGACCAGCGAUCAGCCCUGAGUAUGUGUAUGCGCAUGACUGGCAGGAGGGUGACCUAGUCCUGUUCCAUAACAGGGGAGUUUUGCACUCUGUCGUCGGGGCGUUUAAGCCUGAUGAGGUGAGACUGUUCCGUCAGUGCAAUCUAGCUGCUUCUGAGCCCCCAAUAGAGCCGUAG